UAAAGAAGAAGGAUAGAAAGAAAUAAAACUGUCGCGUGUGUAAUCUUUGCCGCCUUCCACAAAUUCACGUCACCCAAUUAAAAAGGUGGCUUUCGGCGUUGGGUUUACCAACCCAAGGUAUUAAAUCGUUAAUGGCUCGCCUAGGGCAAGUACCGCUUGUACAGCGAGGAAAUAUGCCAGAAGAAGAUCAGCCCGGCACCUCCGGCACCGGACCGCAAAGCAUCAUCGAUCCUGAAAAUGAAACAAAUUCGUCACAGGAAGGCGUUUCCGAGAAUGUUCCAGAACAAAAUGAACUUCUCGGAAUUAUCACACAGCUACGAGCAACGCUUAUUACGCAGGAAAAUGCGUUGCAUCAAGCAGAGACGCGUAGCGCAUUGCAACAACAACGGCUAGAGCUGCUUAGCGCCGCCAUACAUACACAACAGCAGAACGAGACACGCGCCGGCACACAUACACAACAGCAAGAGACGCGCGCCGCCAUACACAUACAACAGCAAGAGGAGACGCGCGCCGCCACACACACACAACAGCAAGGGACGCGCGCCGCCACUCACACACAACAGCAAAAAGAGACGCGUGCCGCCACACACACACAGUUACAACAAGAGCAGACAGUUUCCAACAUGUACGAUUUGCGCCCUACCAGCCUAAUUGGAAAUUUUCCAGGUGGCAACGCUGACAAUUCAAACAUCUCAACGAACACAAUAGACUAUGGAUCAAGUGGCAACGUCAACAUUUCGAAUGCCCCAACAAUCGCUAUUGGAAAUAGAUUGGGUGGCAACCCUGAUGGCAACCAGGGAGAGAGGCCAUUUACCAGGGCUGGAUCAACAGUUUCACUUUCUCAUGCCAAAGAAGCUGCCAUCGAUUUCGAAGGGAACACUUGCGCACGCAACUGGGUGGAGCACCUCAAAAAUAUAGGACUGAUCUACAAUCUAACAGAUGACUGCCUACGAAUGCUGUUCGUUACCAAACUUAAAGGUAACGCACAGCGUUGGCUACACGUCAACCCAACUCGGAUGCUAGAAACUUUCGAAAGGCUGUGUAAGCAGCUGAUCGUAGCAUUUGGAGAAACAGCGUCGAAAUCAGAGCUGCGCCGAAGAUUUGAACAGCGAAAAUGGCAAAGGAACGAGCGUUUUACCAUGUACUUCGAGGAAAAGAAAAUGAUGUCCCAAACCGUCAACAUGGACAUGGAAGAACUGCUCGAGCAUCUCAUUGAGGGGAUCCCAUCGGCGAGCUUACGCGAUCAAGCUCGCAUCCAAAGAUUCGCCAAUCCGGAGCAAAUGCUGCUAGCAUUUGCCAAUGUACGCCUCCCGCAACAAGCUGGGAGCUACGUACCAAAGAAGUCAACAUCGGAGGCGGUGGUCAACAACCUGCGUUGCAGGAACUGCAACUCCAAGGGCCAUUUCGCCAAAGACUGCCGCAAACCAUCAAGGGCACCUGGAUCUUGCUUCGCUUGUGGAGAAAUGGGCGAUUUUGUGGGAGAAUGUCGUCUAAGGAAAAGCAACAUCAACAGCAACACUAACCACUAUAGUGUCUCAUAGAUUCAGGGAGCGCGAUAUCAUUCAUUAAAGAAUCCAAAAUUCCAGUUGAAGUAGCUUUGAAAGCAGUUAACCAAGUGUAUCAUGGAAUAAACAAGAGCCAGCUUAAAAUAUUUGGAAAAACUUUAUGUUUCGUAUUAAAAGAAAAAAUAAAAAUUCAAUUCGAAAUGGUUGUCGUCGCUAAUGAAUCAA